AUGGGGCCAUUUUCGAGACUGAUUUGCUUUGAAUCGGAGGUGCGUAGCGGACCGAAGUAUUUCGCAGACUUGGGCGUCGAGGCCUCCGCGAUCCCAGAGCCAGGAACUUCCAUCCAGGCUUAUUCUUCGUUCGACGACCUCCUUCAAGGCAAAGACCAAGUGACGGCAACCGUGGGCAAGCUCCUCUCACCCCUUCCAAGGGAAGAUCUACCCAUAUAUUCCGUUGGACUGAACUACAGAAGCCAUGCGAAGGAAGCAAAGCUCAAUGUUCCCGUCAACCCACCGGUGUGGACAAAGCCUGCAGCGGCAUUAGCUGCCCCUGGAGAGGACAUUCACAUGAGCAGAUAUUGUGCUUCUAAUUUCCCAGAUUGGGAGGGAGAACUAGUUUUUGUCACAUCCAAAGAAUGCCGCGACGUCUCUCCGGAAGAAGCAGGGUCCUACAUUCUAGGCUACACCAUCGGCAAUGAUCUGUCAUGCCGAGUGUUUCAACUACCCGCCCAGAACGGAGGUCAAUUUUUCUAUGCAAAGGCGUUUGACAAGUUUGCGCCGAUCGGUCCCGUUCUCAUCAGCCCCGAGAUCUUCCAGCAGAACAAGGAAGUGAAGAUAGUCACAAAGAUCAACGGACAAGUCAUGCAGGACGGGGAUAUCAAGAAGGACAUGGUGUUCUCGCCCGCACAGGUUUUGAGUUUCAUGAGUCAAAGCACAACUAUCCCAGCGUACACGGCAGUCAUGACCGGGACCCCUGCCGGAGUCGGCGCCUUCAAGACACCGAGGCGGUUCCUCAAUCACGAGGACGUUGUAGAUAUCCAAGUCACAGGCAUCGGAGUGCUGAGGAACAGAAUCCUCUUCCCGGAAGGAAGGCAAGCCGUAUUGUGA